AUGGCGCCUCACCGACCACAACGGGGAGCACUACCAUGCCAUCUCUUCAACCUAGCGAACGUGUUCAUAUCUAUUCUCGCUCUGACGUCUCUCGGUGCUGCAAUGGCCCCUUCAAAACGAGCAGUUGAGAACCGAGUAACGUGCGACACGUAUGGACGUGGGAAAUACGACGUUCUCAUCUACGGCGCUACACCAGCAGGACUAGCCGCCGCAAUACAGACCAAACGCAUGAACAAAACCGUGGCUAUUGUAACACCAUCAAAGCACAUUGGUGGGUUGACCGUGUCGGGCCUGGGUUGGACCGACUCAAAAGAUGGAAACGCCAUAGGGGGCAUUGCUCGCGAAUUUUAUCACCGUGUGUACCAGCACUACAAGUCUGAUGCAGCGUGGCGGAAGGGAACAAGAGCAGACUAUAUCAAAAAGCAAGGGACUUCUCAGCCCGGCCCAACAAUCGAUGACGAAAAACAGGUCCAGUGGACGUUCGAACCUCAUAUUGCACAAAUGAUAUUCGAGAACUGGGUCAAGGACUUGAACAUCAAGGUAUUCAGAAACGAGACAGUCGAUCGGUCAUCCGGCGGAGUUAAAAUGAAGGACAAACAAAUUGUGUCCUUUAAAACAGUUUCUGGUCAUGUUUACGAUGCAUCUGUGUUUAUUGACGCCAGCUACGAAGGAGAUCUCAUGGCCGCAGCAGGCAUUGGUUACAGAAUUGGCCGUGAAAGCGAAGCAGAGUUUAAAGAGUCAUUAGCUGGGGUCCGCAUCAGCCCUCAAGACAAUUACCUUGGAAUGGACCCGUAUAUUAAAAAGGGAAAGCCAAGUAGCGGUCUCAUCAAAGGAAUCGACCGAGCUAUCCCAGCCGGUGAUGUCAGCAAAUUGAAUGGAACGGCAGAUAAAUACCGACUCCAGUCGUUCAACUACCGACUUUGUUUGACGCAAGACGCGGGCAACAGGGUCCCAUUUUCUAAACCUAAAGGAUAUGACGAAGCUUCGUACGAGAUUCUCCUCCGAUAUAUUGAGAGUGGUUAUCAUGAUGAUUUCUUCACCAAGCAACUUAUGCCAAAUGGUAAAACGGACAGUAACUCAAACGGCCAUGUUAGCACCGACCUCCUGGGCGGAAACUACGACGCCGAUAAGCAUACCAAUUACAUUGAGCAGGAUUACGAACAACGAGCUGAAAUUGUUGAGCGUCACAAGACAUAUACACAGGGCUUCUUUUGGACACUCGCCAACCAUCCUAGAGUGCCUGAGAGGUUUCGAAAAUCCGCGGGCACCUGGGGUUAUGCCAAGGAUGAAUUCGUCAGUAAUGAUCAUUGGCCGUUUGAGAUAUAUAUCCGUGAGGCGAGACGCCUCAAGGGCAAAUACACCAUGACACAGAGUGACGUGCAGAGUCCUAAGAUCGAAGUCAAGGAACGAUCUAUUGGUCUCGGCUCGUAUACCCUCGAUGUACACGAAGUGGAAAGAGUCGUCAUUAAUAACAAGGUCCAUAACGAGGGCCUCAUCCAUGUUCCUGUUUCGAAGCCAUUUCCAAUUCCGUUCGAUAGCAUCAUCGCGCCUACAAAUGUUGCGACUAACUUUUUGAGUCCCGUAACAAUGAGCAGCACGCAUGUCGCAUUCGCAAGUAUCCGAAUGGAGCCAACGUAUAUGAUUUUGGGCCAAAGUGCGGCUACAGCCGCUGUUUUGGCGAUCGAGGAGUGUUCUAAGAUUCAGGAUGUUGAUAUACGAAAGUUGGCCGCUAGGUUAAGAGAAGAUAAACAGGUUCUGGAUAUAUGA